AUGAAUAGUAAUAAUCACAAUGAAUAACUUUGCCAAUAUGAGCAAUAAAAACCAAGAUAUCAACAUUUCUAUUUGGAACUUUAUAAGAGCAAGAUCUUAUAAAUUCAUGGGCCAAAAUUAUAAUAAAGUGAUACCCUAAAAUGUUAAUAAAAUAAUGGUGAAUAAUUAAGUAGUGCUGAUGAUCCAAUUUAUUUGGAUAUAUAAGAUGAGAAGGAAUAAGAAAUAUAAUUUGAAUUGCUUCCAAGGUAACAAUAAAGUUAAGAGAAAAACAAAGCAUUCUAAAAUUUUUUAAAGAAAUAUAGUAUAAUAAAAAGAUUUGGAAUAAGAAGAUUAAGAUAGAAUGAAUCAUCAGAUGAAUUGGAAUCAUAAGAAAAGAGCGAUGAAAUAUCAUAAAAUUAAAAAGAGUAUAAGGAAUGUUAAAUAUGUUUGUCAUAAAGAAAAAUGAAUUAAUAUUUACCCUGUAAACAUGAAUUUUGUAAAUCUUGUGUAGGAACUCAUUUAAAGGAGAAUAUAAUAAGAGGGAAUGUGAUGAUAAUAUAGUGUCCUUAAUUAUCAUGUAGUGAACAAUUUUAAAAGCAUUAGAUAAAAGAAUUAGUAUCUCGUAGUUUAUAUGAGAAAUACGAAAGAUUUUAUAGUCGUCAAUAAAUAAGUUAGAAUAAAAAUGUAAGAUGGUGUCCUAGAGUGGUAAGAUAUAUAAAUAUGAUAUGAGGAUUGUGAAUAGUAUGUGAUAGGUACAGGUAAUGAUUAAUUGAUAUGUUCUUGUGGAUAAUAAAUAUGUUUUAAAUGUGGAAAUGAAUACCAUUUGAAUAUAUCAUGUGAAUAAGCAAUGGAUACACAGUAUCUUAAAGUAAGAAAAGAAUUAUAAGUGAAUAAUUGUCCAAAUUGUUAAGCUCCAAUAGAGAAGAGAGGUGGUUGUAAUCAUAUGACAUGUUAUAAAUGUAAAUAUGAAUUUUGUUGGAUAUGUCAUGGUAAAUAUUCAUCAGCUCAUUAUGGUAUAUUUAAUAUCUUUGGAUGUGCUAGUAUAUUUAUAAUAUUUAUUAUUAUUAUUAGUUCCAGGAGGAUAGGUAUCUAAUAUUAAACCAUUAAAUAAUCCUAUGUUAAUUAGAAUUAUGAUGAUAAUUCCUAAACUUAUCCUUACCUUAUUAUUAUCUAUUGGAUUACUUAUAUUGCUUCCCUUUUUUAUACUAUACCUAAUAAUAUCCGCUCCAUAUCAAAUAGUCAAAAGAAUAUCCAAUUUUAGAAUAAAUAAUUGUUCAAAAUGUUCUUAGAUUGCAUACUUCAUAUUAUACUUAUUUAUCGGAAGUAUUUUAUCUCCAAUCACUAUCAUUUGUGCAAUACUAAUAAGUCCUUUACUUUUGAUUAAUUAUAUUAUUGAUAAUUUAUGA